CCCUUUCCCCAUGAGGCGCGCCCCUUUUCGGGACACAAGCUGGGCCUAAGCACGACUGGAGGUAAGCAAGUGCUUGAGACAAAACUUCAACCAAGGAUUGGUGGAUCUGAAUCAUGGAGACAGAAAGCGAGCAAAAUUCAAACUCCGCAAGUGGCAGCUCAGGCUCUGGAGGGAGCACCCGCCCGCAGAUAUCACAGAUGACACUCUAUGAGCGGCAAGCAGUGCAGGCACUUCAAGCACUGCAGCGUCAGCCAAACGCAGCCCAGUAUUUCCAUCAGUUUAUGCUUCAACAGCAGCUCAACAGUGCUCAGUUACAUAGCCUAGCAGCAGUUCAGCAGGCAACAAUUGCAGCAAGCCGACAGGCAAGCUCUCCAAACACAAGCACCCCUCAACAGACAGCUACUACGCAGGCUUCGAUUAAUUUGGCUACGACAUCAGCUGCACAGUUAAUCAGUCGUUCACAAAGUGUGAGUUCACCUAGUGCUACCACCCUAACACAGUCAGUGCUUCUGGGUAAUGCUACCUCACCACCUCUCAACCAGUCGCAAGCACAGAUGUAUCUCCGGCCGCAGCUAGGGAACCUGUUGCAGGUGAACCGAAGCUUGGGCCGCAAUGUUCCUCUUACUUCCCAGCUCAUCCUGAUGCCUAACGGGGCUGUGGCUGCUGUUCAGCAGGAAGUGCCACCCACUCAUUCUCCUGCGGUCCACACAGAUACGGACCAGGUGCAGAAUUUAGCUGUCAGGAGUCAGCAGACCUCAGCAGCUAAUGCACAGCUCCAAGGUUCUGCUCCAAAGACUGCUUUGCCAGGGAAUUCCCAAUCUUCAGUACUACCCCAGGUCACUCAUGCUGGUCAGACCUUGGCCGUAACUCAGGCAUCAUCUGGCAGUGUGGGCCAGUCGCUCAAUCUCAGUCAAGGGGCAGCUGGAAGCAACGGCAUAUCUGGCAAUCUGGCAUCCUCUGUGGGGAAUCAUGCUACCUCUGGGCUGGGCCAAGCAACGGCAUCUGGUCCAGGGAGCAGUUGUCAAAGGAAAGGUACUGGCGUAGUUCAGCCUUUACCAGCAGCUUCUGCUGCCCAAGCUGUGACAGUGAGUCAAGGAAGUCAGACAGAGACAGACAGUGCAGCAGCGAAGAAGCCAGAAGCAGAUGGAAAUGGGCAGCAGACUGUGGGUAUGAACCUGACCAGGACAGCAACGCCAGCACCGAGCCAGACUUUGAUCAGUUCUGCCACGUAUACCCAAAUCCAGCCUCACUCAUUGAUUCAGCAGCAGCAGCAAAUUCACCUCCAGAAGCAAGUAGUGAUCCAGCAACAGAUUGCCAUCCAUCACCAACAGCAGUUCCAGCAUCGUCAGUCCCAGCUGUUGCACACCGCCACACACCUUCAGCUAGCCCAACAGCAGCAGCAGCAGCAGCAGCAGCAAGCUCCACCUAUGACGCAGCAGCAGCAGCAUGGGCCACCACAGGUUCAGCAGCAGGCGCAGGCUGUUCAGGGCCAACAGCAGGCUCAGACACUUGUUGUCCAGCCCAUGUUACAGUCACAGCCUCAGUCAGUGCAGCUGCAGCAGGACAGUCUUUGCCAGGCAGCCAUGAAAUCGCCUGUCCCUAUUCAGUCCAAGCCUUCCAUCAACCCCCUGAAGCCUCCACAACUUGGUGCUGCCAAAAUGUCAGCGUCCCAGCAGCCCCCGCCUCAUAUCCCUGUGCAAGUGGUGGGCAGCCGCCAGCCUGGUUCAGCCCAUGCUCAGGCCCUGGGACUUCCUCAGAUGAACAUAGGUGUGCAGGCUACGCGAGGCAUGCCAGCUGUUGUCCAGCCCGUGUCCCAGGCCCACACAGCAUCUUCAGUGCCACAGACUUCUUCCUCAUUUUCUUCUUCUUCUCCUCCUCCCCUGCAAGAAGCCCCUCCUACGUUCAGUGUGGCACAAGUUCAGGGUGCAACCCAGGUGAAGAAUGCUGCUUCAUCUCCAGUCAUGGCUCAAGCACCACCAGCAGCCUACUACAUACAGCCUGUCCAAUUACCUAGCAAGCCACAGACCUUGGCAGUGAAGCGCAAGGCAGAAUCAGAAGAGGAGAAGGAGGAGGCCAAUCCACCACCUUCUCUCCUGGCUACCAAGUCUUCUCCUGUUGCUGAGAGUCCUAAAGCUACGGAAGAUAAGGGUGGUCUUGUAGGUGAAGGGCACAGGGAGAAAUCAGAAUCCUUCCCUGGUGCCACCCUAAAUGCAACCUCCAUUGAGCCCAACCCUCCUACAACUGUUCCUCUGCCCACUUUGUCCAUGUUGACCCGUCAGACAGGAGACUCCAAACUUCCACAAGCUAUCGUCAAGCCUCAAAUUCUUACACACAUCAUAGAAGGCUUUGUCAUUCAGGAAGGGGCAGAGCCUUUCCCGGUGGGUUGUUCUCAGCUCCUUAAAGAAUUCGAAAAGCCUCUUCAGGUUGGUGCUCCUUCUAGGCAGUCUGAGAACCAGCCUGGUGACUCCCCAGGAGGAGAAAGUAUAAUAACAGAGCAAGACAAGAAAGGUAACCUUCUCAAAUGUGAAUUUUGUGGAAAAUACGGUCCAGCCAAUCAAUUCCGUGGUUCCAAAAGGUUCUGUUCAGUGACAUGUGCCAAGAGGUACAAUGUGGGUUGUAGCCAUCAACUUCGGCUGCAAAGGAAAAAAAUGAAAGAGCUUCAAGAAGCAAAUUAUGCCCGUCGGCGGCGUGGACCUCGGCGCAGCAGCUCAGAAAUUGCCCGAGCCAAGAUCCAGGGCAAGCGACACCGGGGCCAAGAAGACUCAAGCAGAGGAUCUGAUAAUUCUAGUUACGAUGAAGCUCUCUCCCCAACUUCACCGGGACCGCUUUCAGUGAGGGCAAGCCAUGGAGAGCGAGAUCUUGCCAGCUCUAACAUGAUUCAGCCUGUUCCUGAUCUACAUGGUAUCAACCCAGUCUUUCUCUCCAGCAAUCCCAGUCGUUGGAGUGUGGAGGAAGUAUAUGAGUUCAUUGCAUCCCUUCAAGGUUGCCAGGAGAUUGCAGAAGAGUUUCGUUCCCAGGAGAUUGAUGGCCAGGCCUUGCUCUUGCUGAAAGAAGAGCAUCUCAUGAGCGCUAUGAACAUCAAGCUGGGUCCUGCUCUCAAGAUUUGUGCCAAGAUCAACAUCCUCAAAGAUACCUAAGAAUGUUGAGAAGACAGUGUUCCCUCCUCGAGGCUGGGGCUGUUUCUACAUGUCUUCUGCACAGAGGGCAUCUGAAGGGAAUGGAUGGAAAUUGACCUUUCAAAAUCUGUAUGUUGGUGCUACAUAGGGGAGGAACAGCUCCCUUGGAGGCCUUGAACAUCUCUUCAGAGCAUCUCAUUUGCCUUCAAGUUCAUUAUUCUUGAAGUAUUCUUCAGGUAACUCAGCAAAGAAGGUAAGCGCUGUUCUGUGCUAAGGCUCCCGGGAGGAAAGGUUGAGGAGGGCCUUCUCAAGUGGUGUUGCUGGAUUUUUUUGAAUUCUCCUUCCCAUUGGAUGUUUCUUCUACACAUACUGCAGAAGAUCAAUUAGUGCUGAAGCUUAAUUAGGUUUUUUUCUUGCUGAGGGAGGGAAGCUGAUGGAUUGGAACAGUGAAAACUGAAGUUUUAAAUGACCCCUUUCCCAGUUCUUAAAAGUUGACUGGAAGUGAGUCAGCGCCGCAUAGAACAUGGAAGCAAAGUGUUAUGGAUUACUUAAAUAUUUGAGCUUGUUCAUGCCUGUUGGGACCCUCCCCAAGACAACGUGAGCACUUCUGACUGUGGCAUCAGAGCAAAAUUUGUUUUGAAGAUCAAUUCCACUUGUUUGUCUUGUGCAUUUGAAACAUAACAUCAAAGACCCAAAGGAGAAGCUAAGUGUACUGCAGCUCUAGUUAUUUCUAUCCUGACUUAAAAUGUUUCUUUUUUCAGUUUUAUAUCUUGCCAUCCCUGGAAGAACAUAUGGGAUGAAGGUGAUUUCGUGUUUGUAUCUUCUAACAAAACCUGUUUAUUUUUGUUUAUUAUACAAAUAUUCUCUUCCUCAGUAAAAGUGCUUCAAAAAUGUUGGUGACCCUUCUGUGACCUGAUUUUACUCCUGAUUCCCCCAAAUUCAUAUGAAACUCAAGUAGAUAGCUUUCACCUAGGUCUGCAGCAGGCGUUAUUGCUGUUCCCUGAAUUAAGAAUAGUGAAAAGUGGUGUGCUGACAAAAAACAAAGUUCUACAUCAAUGCAGAGCAUCUUUAGACCUUGAAUUUUUUUUGUAAACUAUGCCUCUCUCCAUGUCUGUGCCUUUACAAGUUCUGAAGUGUCGUAAUGAUUUAGGAUAGCUAUUUGGAUUACUGUAUGUAUAUUUGGAACAAACUUGAAAGGUAAAAAUGAGGGGUGAUAUCCAGUUCCAUUUUUGCCCUUUCAAGCAUAAAUGUGGGUUAGAAAGGUUUAAGAUUACUGCUAAAGGACAGCCAUGGCACUUGGAUAAGGACUUGUCUUUCAUAAUAAAUAGAUUGUGUGUAUAUAUACAUGCACUAUGAAAAACCUUCAAAAGAAAUAUGAUUGAUUUGAAAGGGGCAUGUAGUGAACAACGGAGUUAUAGAGAUGUCCUUACUUUUAACUGUCAGCACAGAUGUGGUCACUGGAGAACAAAUCUAAGAUUCCUGGAAUAUGCUAACUCUGCUGUCUUCAUAUAAGACUGACUAUUCUGUAACAAAAUUAAUCACCACCUAUUGUUUAUUAUUUUUUAACCUAGGACUAAGCCCCCCUGUUGUUCUCCUCCUUGAUACACCCUCGCCAUAAUUUAAAACUGCCCAGAGACACAGCUGCAGCCACUGUUCACCAGAUGUGUGCUUGGACACACAAAAACUUAUGAAAAAUAAAAACUAGUCUUAAAAGUGCUACAAGA